AUGUUGUCAUUAUCAAAGUUUAGAUCAGUUGUUACAAAGUCGUCUGCAUUGAUCAAUGCUGCUCGUAGCACCUCUGCUACCUCUACUACUGGUGUAGCCACUAGAUCAUACUAUACCGACAAGACUGUUCACGUGUUGGAUGGUACUGUCGACAAGAACACACCAGAGUUUAAAGAAAACGUUACAAGAAUGGCAGAGAGUGUACAACAACUAAAGAGCACCAUCGACAAGAUCAAAUUAGGUGGUGGCCCAAAGUUGAAUGAAAGACAUCUCUCUAGAGGAAAGAUGCUCCCACGUCAACGUAUCGAUGCUUUAAUUGAUCCUGGAUCUCCAUUUUUAGAGUUUUCACAAUUAGCAGGAUUUAAUAUGUAUGGUGAAGAUGUACCAGCUGGAGGUAUCAUUACAGGUAUUGGAGUGAUUCAAGGACAAGAAUGUAUUAUUGUAGCCAACGACUCGACUGUCAAGGGUGGUACUUAUUUCCCAAUCACCGUCAAGAAGCAUUUGCGUGCUCAAGAGAUUGCACAAGAGAACAAUCUCCCAUGUAUAUACUUGGUCGACAGUGGAGGUGCCAAUUUGCCACGUCAGGCCGACGUAUUCCCCGAUCGUGAGCACUUUGGUCGUAUCUUUUUCAACCAAGCCAAUAUGUCGGCCAAGCGUAUCCCCCAGAUCGCCGUCGUCAUGGGCAGCUGCACAGCCGGUGGAGCCUACGUGCCUGCCAUGUCUGACGAGAGUGUGAUUGUUAAAUCGACUGGUACCAUCUUCCUCGGUGGUCCACCAUUGGUCAAGGCCGCUACCGGCGAGGUUGUCACUGCUGAAGAGCUCGGUGGUGCCGACCUCCAUUGUCGUACCAGUGGUGUCACCGACCACUAUGCACGUAACGACGCCGAAGCACUCGCCAUCACCCGUCGUAUCGUUGCCAACUUCAACCGUCAAAAGAACCCAUCGGUCGUACUCUCCACGCCCGAAGAACCACUCUUCCCAGCAUCCGAGCUCUCUGGUAUCGUGCCAAGCGACCUCCGUAAGACAUUCGAUGUCCGUAAAGUCAUCUCGCGUAUCGUCGAUGGCAGUCGUUUUGAUGAAUUCAAAGAGUUGUACGGCACCACCCUCGUCACUGGUUUUGCCCGUAUCCAAGGCAUGCCAGUAGGUAUCGUCGCCAACAACGGUAUUCUCUUCUCAGAGUCGGCCGUCAAAGGUGCCCAUUUCAUCGAACUUUGCAACCAACGUGGAAUCCCCUUACUCUUCCUCCAAAACAUCACUGGUUUCAUGGUAGGCAAGUCAUACGAGUCGCGUGGUAUCGCCAAGGACGGCGCCAAGAUGGUCAUGGCCGUCGCUACCGCCCGUGUGCCAAAGAUCACCGUCGUCAUUGGUGGCAGUUUUGGUGCUGGUAACUAUGGUAUGUGUGGUCGUGCCUACAGCCCACGUUUCAUGUACAUGUGGCCAAACGCCCGUAUCUCUGUCAUGGGUGGAGAGCAAGCCGCCAGUGUAUUGGCUCAAAUCCAAAAAGACAAUAUGGCCAAGGAUGGCAAGCAAUGGGCUCCAGAAGAAGAAGCUGCCUUCAAAAAGCCAAUCUCUGAUAUGUACGAAACUGAAGGUUCCCCAUACUUCUCAUCUGCCCGUUGUUGGGAUGAUGGUGUCAUCGAUCCAGUCGAUACCCGUAAUGUCAUUGCUCUCUCACUCUCUGCCUGUUUGAAUCAACCAAUUAAUCCACCAUCUGAUGGUUUUGGUAUUUUUAGAAUAGGAUAUCUAUUAUCCGUCACAGUCUCUGUUGUAGCAAAGAUAGAUAGAAUGGAUGGAAAAUCAUAUGUAUCAGGAUCACAUGCAAUAUGGGAGAAUAUUCAAAUUGAUUCAUUCAAAGGAUGGAUAAACCAACAUCUUCAAGAGAGAAAUCUUCAAAUCAAAGAUCUACAGACCGACUUUUGUGACGGUGUCAUGCUCAUCAAUCUUUUAGAGAUAGUGUCGGGCAAAAAGGUACCUCGAUACGUCCGAUCUCCCAAAUUCCCCUCUCACAAGAUCGACAAUGUGUUGAUCGCCCUCCAAUUUAUGGAAAAGGUGUUUGACAUGAAGACUGUUGGUAUCAACGCCAAGGAUAUAGUAGAUGGAAACAUCAAACAAAUAAUGGGUAUCAGUUUCAUGUUGAUUCAAAAAAUUAAAACAAAUGAUUUGGAACAACAACAUCAACAACAAAAUCAACAACAACAACAACAACAAACAACGAAUGGAUUACCAGAUGGUGCAGAUAUUACUUCUGCUCCAUUGACUCCAACUAGUACCAAUACAAAUACUACAUCAACUACAUCACCAUCAAUUAAUUCAGUUAGUCAAGCAUACAAGAGAGCAACUAUUGUUGGAACUGCAGUAUCUAGAUUUGCACAUAAAACAUUUAACGAUAUUGAAAUUCAAUCACAAUCCCCUUCUACCACGACCACGACCACGACCAAUACCAAUACCAAUACGACUACGACUCCUACUACUUCUACUACUACUCCUACAAGAAAUACAGUAUCAAAUGCACCAACUGGAGGAGUAUCAUUUAAUACAAUUAGAUCAAGAUUUUCAUCUGUACCACCACAAGUUGAAGCAGAGAGAGCUGCUGCUGGCCACUCUUCCGCAUCAGGUCAUAUUUCCGACUCUUCAGCACCAAUCCCAACUAGUCAAUCAUCUGGAUCGUUGGAACGUGGUGCAUUGAGAAAGACAAAGUCGGGUGCCAUUAUUUCAUUGUCUGGAUCGAUCCAAUUCAACAACAAAGAGUCGACAAUUGAUCUAAAGAAACUUGUACUGUGCCAGGCAUACGUUCGUGGCUGGUUGGUGCGUCGCAAGUGGAAAGACGCUAUUGUCAAGUACCGUCAGAGACUCCGCGACUAUGAACAACACUUUAAGAGCAACCCCAAGGCAUAUCGUGGGUUAACGAGGGUGCAAGCAAGAAUCAAAGGCAAGAUGGAGAGAAAACGUUUGUGGCGUCAGCAUCCUCUGUUCCGCAGAAACGAUAUUGUCAAGGAAAUCAUAACGACCGAACGAAAAUACGUACACAAUCUCGAUCUCUUGAUCGAGUGCUAUUUGCGAGAAUGUGAAAAGAUCUUGACACCUCAACAAACACGUUCCAUCUUUUCGCAAGUUGAAAUCCUCCGAAAUGUAAAUACAAACAUUCUCAACCAACUCGAAAACCGUUUCAAAAAGGGUCAUGAACAACAACUCGGAGAAAUCUUUAAAAAGAUGACAGAAUUCCUCAAGGUCUACACCAUCUAUGUUAAUAAUUACAACACGUCGUUUGCAACCAUCACAGAGUGUAAUCAAAUCCCCAAAUUUGCAGCAUUGAUGGAGUCUAAUCGUAACUUGGAAAAGUGUAAUGGACUCGAUCUAUCGGCCUUCCUCAUUAUGCCUAUUCAACGUCUACCACGUUAUGUCAUGCUCUUGCAAGACCUCUUUAAACACACAGACUCUAAGCACACAGACUAUGAAAACAUUAGUAUUGCACUCAAAAAGAUGAAAGAUGUUGCAGAGUAUGUCAAUGAAAAAAAGAGAGAGGCCGAAAACCUCAAUCAAGUGCUCCAAAUCCAACACAGCCUCAUUGGCAAGUUUGGCAAUCUCGCCGAGCCACAUCGUAGAUAUGUCCGAAAGGGUCCACUCAAUUGUUCAGAUGAAAAGGGUAACAGUAAAGUUUACUUCUUUUUCCUUUUUAAUGAUUUAUUAGUCAAAACUGAAAAUAAGACUUUAGCAAAACAAAUUAAAGAUAAUAAAUCAGGAUCAAGAGGUACAUUGACAGGACCAAUUGGAGAGGAAGGAAAAUUCAAAUUCAUUUCAUCGUAUCAUUUGGAUGGAGCUUCAUUGAUUGAUUUGUUUGAUCCAUCAUCACCAAGUUCAUUCCAAUUGUUAAAUGUUGGUGUUAGUAAUCCCAACCUUGGUAGUUCUGGAGCCACUACGUUAAUUGGUAGUCUUACCAACACUGCCCCUGCAGAGGCAUCUUCAUCAAUCAGUCACUCCAACAUUACACUGACUGCACUAUCGGUGGGCGAGAAAUUAACUUGGAUUGGUGAUAUCGAUGAAUCGAUCAGUCAACUCUUGGAAAAAGCACGUAGCAAGAAACGUUCACAUAUUCCAGAAUUUGAAGAACUCACCAGAGCACCAUACGAAGGUGCCAUCAAGGAUUCUGAAAUGUCUGGUGUCCUUUUAAAACAAAAGAGUGAUAUGGUUUGGAAAGAAAAUCAAUUCUACCUUAAAGGUGCUAAUUUAUAUUAUCAUCAUUCAACCCAAAUUUCUUCAGAUGAAUCUGAUUCUAAACCAAAAAAGAUGAAAUGUAUUAAUUUAAUUUUAUGUAAUGUUAAAUUAUUCCAUGUUGUUGAUAAACCACAUUGUUUCCAAUUGAUUACUCCACUUCGUAUUUAUUUCUUCUCAUGUCCAGAAGGUCAAGUUUUAUUCCUUUGGAUCUCUUUAAUUAGAAGCUCCAUUUCAAAGAAACUUGAAUCCUUGUCCGAACUCGAUGAACCAUCUACACAGGUAAAUUUCAGAAACAAACGUUAUUCUCUACCUGUCCGAUUCCCUUCCUUUUCCUCCUUUUCUUCCUCUAUUCCUUUUCUUUCAAUUAAAAAACAAAGAGAUAACAACAAUAAUAGUAAUAGUAAUAGUUCCACAACAAGUAGCUCACCAGUUGGAUUAUCAAAAAGUGCGUCUCUUUUAUCACCAAUUAAUUAUAUUAGAAGUCAAAGAUUAUCAGUUGAUUAUCAAAUAUCUCCUUUAGUUCAAUCACCUCAACAACUUCAACAAUAUCAUCAACAACAACAACAACAACAAUAUCAACCUAAUUGUGGAGUAGCCGAUCCAUCAUGGGUAUCAACUAGUUUUGGUGUAACAUUGUGUGUUGAUUGCUCUGCCAUUCAUAGACAUUUACCAAAUGGUGUGAGUCAGGUAAAGUCAUUGAGAGGUUUGUCAACAUCACAUGUUGAUUUGGAAGCAUUUAAAUUUGAGGGUAAUGCCAAGGUUAAUGCCAAGUAUGAAAAGAAUAUUCCUGCUGGAACCCAACGUCCCACUUCAAAGGAUUCCCCAUACGAAAUUAGAAUGUCAUGGAUUCACGCCAAGUAUCUUGCUACCGCUCCCCCAGGAUCACCAUCCGAGAUGAGAAAGGCUAGCAUCAAGUUGAGCAGUGGAUCUCUGCCACCCCCACCCCCAGUUUUCUCCGCCUCUUUAUCAACCAACCACGGUGUACUUGUUAGCCAACAUUCAUUUCAGUCACUUCCAUCAACAACUUCGACUGAAACAACAACUGCGAAUGUCGCAGCAGCAACAACAACAGGCCAACAACAAUCAUCCUCGUCUACCACACCCUCCUCGACAUCAUCCACCUCCACCUCCACAACAACCUCUGUAACAUCGUCACCAGCACUAGAGGAUGGGUCACAGCCAUCUUCACCCAUCAUCACGAGCACCGCUACACCACCCGACGAAGCGCUAGCAGCUGUGCCCACCGAGCGUCCCACAGAGAUCAAGGGUAUCAGCACAAUCGGUCUCAGCGAAGAGGAUAUUGCCACGAUCAACAACCUACCCUCUGUACCAAUGGGCAACGGUACCUGGAAGUCUGGACACCACGCAGUUCCACAGGUAGAGAGAAAGAAAUCCCACCCAGGGUUCCUCGAUAAACCCCGAUCACCCAAAAAGGAAAUGGAAGGGUUCAUGUUCAAAACGAGUAGUCCGUCGACCAAAUCGAGCGCCGCAUGGAAAAAGUAUCACUUCCAGUUCAAGGAUGGUAUUCUCAACUACUACAAGAUCAACGGUAAAAAGGGAUCGACGCCUCAAAAGAAGGACAAGCCCAGAGGCACCAUCGAUCUAUGCGACUUUUUCUCACUCAAGGUCGAACCAAAACCCAAGCAAGAACACUCUUUCACCCUUAUCACCCGUUACAGAUUGUAUUUCUUUGCCACCGAAACCGAGGAUGAACUAACUCAAUGGGUUUCAACUCUCAAAGCUGCUAGUACUAAUUCCGAACAUUCCAUCUCUGGUUAA